CUUACACCGAUUCGCAUAAAAAAAAAUGAAGGCCUUCAUUGUUCUAGCUGCUGUCGCCGUAGCUGCCAUCGCUUUGCCAAGGUCCAAGCGAGCGGCAUAUGAGCUACCAGAUGGUGCCGAAUUUCUGGUGGGCGGCUUCCGAACGUCGUUCACGUGCCCGGCCAAGAACGGCUACUUCGCCGAUGUCGACAACAACUGCCAAAUAUUCCACGUGUGCAACGUGGUCACCCACGCCGAUGGAAACACCGAGGUGCAGCAGUACAGCUUCCUGUGCGGUAACCAGACCGUCUUCAACCAGCUGAGCCUGACGUGCGCCUUCGCCGAGGAGGCCGUGCCGUGCCAGAACGCUCCCGACUUCUUCUACGUGAACGACAACAUCGGAGUCGAGACGGCUCCAUUCCUCACCGACAACGACGUCCAGCGGGCGGCGCAGCUGAUUCCAUCUUACAAGGCCAAAGCUUGAAUCCGCAAGCAAAUGAUCGCCAAACGCCGAGUGCUUGAUGCCACGCGCCGGGGAUAGUGUACUGCUAGGAUGCCUUUGUAAGGGAUACAUCUUUGCUUUUAGGUUGAACCAGCAGCGUAAGAUUGCUGAAGUCGGCGCCGCAGUAGCUCAAGAGUGCCGUAGCGCAUAUAGCGGGAAGCAGUGGAAGCGCUGCAUUGCAGCAUUUGUGGGCAUUCGUACCGAUAACAGGGAUCACGACGAUACCAUUUAUAAAUAACCUGCUUUCCUAUCUCGCGCAAGGCUAAACAGCCAUCACUUCCCAAGCCUGCUAAGCUGAACAUCUUGCUUAAAAGGUUUUUCCGAGCAAACUUUCACUUUGCCGGUAAGGAGGCUGCUGGGAAUCACAGCAUAUUACGCCAUCCUUGACAGGAGCUGGGCUCAACCUAAUAGCAAAAACAAUAUGAGUGUAUAUGAAGGCGUCCUAUUUCAUGCUAGCUACCAGCGCCAAUGUGUCAUGUUCUUUUUGUUUGAGAGGGUUAUACACUUCCUAAAUACAUACUGCGUUCUUGCGAGUCGUAUUGGUGCUAUAAGGGCUGUCUCACUUUUAUCUCAGUGCUGUAAUGGUGCAUGGCGCGCACCGCUUCACGCAGUAACUGUAUGUCCCUGCAUAUCACGGGAGACGAGUGCGAAAGGAAAACGAUGCUUACAAUUUGAAGAAAAGAUGAGGGGCGUCUUUUCCGCUUGGUAAGAAGGCAGUGUGCUUAAUCCUCAGGGGUGCUUUAGAAAACCUAAGAGGGGUAAAAAUAAAAAAAAAGAACGCGGUGACACCUAUGUACUUAGAAGCUCGCAAUUUCGCUUUAAAAAAUGUCGAAUGAAGUUCAUGCUAUUCCUGACAUUCGGUAAAUAUUAUACUUGAGCGUGUUAACUUGCCACGUACUCCUCGUCUGGCAACAUAAUGUAUCGCGACGAGUGUAUUUUAAUGAGGAAACUAGGAAUUCUGAUAGCAAUCAGUUUACUCCACACGAAACUAGCCCAGCGAGUAGAUUUGGCGUAGGAGUUGUGACAGCGUGUCAGCCAAGAGAGCAUUGAACGCCUCCCAUAUUUAUUGGCUUCUCAAAAUUACACAAGUGUGCCAUUAUAUUCGCGACAUUUAAGGACAUGUUUAUGAAGCUUCGCUGCAGCCUGAAGCGUUUUCAUGCGCUGUGACGCUUAGGUUAGUUUGUUUUUUCUUGUAAUAUGCUACGCAAACGCGCACGCAUAUAGUCAUUGCUUCAAAGGAUACUCGGUGGCGCUGUUCCCAUCUAUGUUCUCGCACUAACGUCAUACACUGCGGUGCCACUGUUGUUGUUUUGUUCAUUGUUAUUGUUCACGUCUUAUCGUGGGUAUCUCAUGUAUUCUUGUUGUGGCUGUGGGUCUUGCCCUGUGUAUAUAUAUACGCACUGGUUGCUCUCCGAUUUCUCUCGUGCUGUGCAUGCUCUAUUAUUGUACAGUUUAUAUACAGAACACGUUGCAACAUAACACUGCCAAUAAAAUUGUGCGCAUGA